AUGGAUUCAGUCGAAAAUACCACCACUACCACCACCGCUUCCACUGCCAAUGAAAGUUCACCAUUAUUAAAUCACUCAAGUUCAACAAUGGAUCUUGGUAGUGAAAAUGUUAGCGAACUUUUAAGAAAUAAAUUGGCCCAAUCCCCAACUUGCCUUUUCUGUAGCCAAAAACUCAAUGGUCCAUUUUUAUAUUCCCAUUACAUUUCAUGUACCAACAUUUUCCUUAAAGAAUUACAAACUUCUUUCCAUCCAUCUUCAAUCUUAUCCUAUUGUAUUACUCCAGAACUUUUAGAAAAUACUUUCCAAACUCCAAUUUAUAUCCCACAAUUACAAGCUUUAAUUGGUCAAUUAAAUACUCACCUUGGAAACCUCCAAGCUCAACAACAACAACAACUUUCCGGUAUUCCAGCUCCAUCUCAAGCCACUUCUGCUGCCACCGCAAAAACUGAUGCCAAAAAGAAGAAAUAA